AUGAAGGGUAUCAUCAUUUCAGUGAUUACAGUGUUAGUCAUGAUUCAGCUCAUGGUUGAGCCAGGACAGGCUCUUACCUGUGGUCAAGUGGAUGCUUCUUUAGCACCUUGUGUCCCUUACCUUACUCAGGGUGGCGAACCUGGAACUGCGUGUUGUAACGGAGUGAAAGACUUGAAAGUUAUGGCUCAAUCUAUAGCUGAUAGAAGGACAGCCUGCAAUUGUGUCAAGGCUGCUGCCAACCGAUAUGCAAAUCUGAAGGAUGAUGCUGCUCAGGCUCUCCCUAGCAAAUGUGGUGUUACAAUGGAUAUUCCCGUCUCUCAAUCAACUGAAGUGAUUCAUUGCAGCCAGAAAUGUGCCAGGCUGAUCAUACCAGAAAUACAUGGAACCAAGUUUUACCUUAUCUACUUAUUUUGA